AUGCGCUAUACUCGCUUGGCACGAUAUCAUGUCAAUGCAAAACAAGCUGCCAAAUUACGUCGCAGGCAAAGCUCCAACUUGAAUUUCGCCCCUAUACAAACCGUGCAGUCGUCUCCCUAUGCUCAAACGCAGACAACUCACGAAACUGUAAAUUUUGGCCUCGGUCAGCCCUCGGCCUCCCAGCUGCCUUUGGGCAUGUUUCGCGAUGCUGCAUUGAACCGUCUGAGGCUAAUUCAAGACCCAAUGGUACUUCAAUAUGGCAUUGCUUCGGGAUUUUACGAAUUUAAAAAGGAGAUUGCCAACCUUGUGACAGGGGGUGAUAAUUCAAAGAGUGUCAACCCAGAAAGACUAAUGGUAACAGCAGGCAAUUCACAAGCCAUAUCCCACACUGCCAUGGCAUUUUCCAAGACCAACAAGCUAGUUUUUGUGGAGGAGCCGACCUAUUUCUUAGCACAUGAUAUAUUUCGAGAGCUGGGACUGGAAUUAAAGGGUAUUCCGGUUGGGGAGGAGGGAAUUGAUCUGAACGUGCUCGAAGCUGAGCUGGCCGUGGGAAAUAUUCCGGCAUUCUUGUAUACGGUUCCGUUUUUUCAUAACCCAACGGGUAGCGUGUUGUCGCCGAACCGUUGCAAGCACCUUGUAGCCCUUGCGCAAAAUUACGGGUUUCAUAUUAUAUCCGACGAGCCCUAUAACUUACUGCACUUUGAAGUCGAUGCCUUGACAUCACUUGCAACAUACGACGACUCCGGUUUGGUUGUCUCACUUGGAAGCUUUUCGAAAAUUCUUGCUCCAGGUCUUCGCCUCGGCUGGGCGCAAAGCAGCGUCGAGACUAUCGAAACACUCUCUACUAUAGGUGUGCUUCGUAGCGGUGGCGGCCAGAAUCCCAUCACCGCAGCUCUCGUUCACGCAGUAGUCUUGGAGCAAAAGAAAUUGUACCCGCACAUCGACGAGUUAAAGAAGAUUUUGCAAGCUCGGAAGGCCGCGAUGUGCGAAGCAUUGCGUGAGUACUGCCCGGACUCCGUAUUUACUGAGCCCUCUGGCGGGUACUUCUUGUGGCUCAACCUGCCGAACGGUGUGCAUACUGAAGCUCUGCUAAAAGAAGCUAUGGUCUGUCACGGUGUAGCUUUCACACCCGGGAACCGGUGCUCUCUCGGUGAGACGGACGGUAAUGGAAUCGAUACGGCGUUGACUCGCUGCGCACGCCUAUCAUUUGCCUUUUACAACGAAGAUGAGAUUCGCAUAGGCAUCCAGAGGCUGCAGAGCGCCCUCAACAGCCUAGCGUGUUAUUAA